AUGGUUGCAGAAAUGAUAUUAAUAUUUUUGAGUCUUGCAUUUGUUAAGCAAGACCACAUUUAUGAAGUGUUUUUGCAAGUUGCCUUGUUAAGUUAUAUACCAAUAGGCUAUUUUGCAUGGGGAUACAUGCAAUCGAGGAAAGCUAUCAAGUAUGACAGCAUCAUCGAAAAAAGAAGACAAAGUACUUCAAAUCAACAUCAAGAGCAAAAUAGAAGUAUUGCAUCUUCGAUUUCUUCCCGCAAUCAGUAUGCGGUAGAUCAACACGAAUUACGUGACUUGGGUUCCAAUCAAUGA